CUGAUGUUGGGAGCUGUCCUCUAUUCAUUUGCACUGACUGAAGGAACGAGAGGUGAACGACAGAAAAAGAGACUGAGACAAAAGCACUGCAGAACACUUUCAGAGCUAGGGUUCCAUCUUUUUUCAUACAAGUUGCUUCUAGUUGAAGAUAUCUACAGUAUUUUCUGAAAGAGAACUCCUCCAAGCCAUUUAAGCACAGGUUCUGAAGAUCAGAUUUGGUGUAUUUCUUCUGGAAUUUGAGAUCUGUACACCAUGACUCUAACAGCAUACAAAGAGAAGAUUAAGGAGCUACCCCUGGUGUCACUGUUCUGUUCUUGUUUCAAUGCUGAUCCUCUUAAAAAAUCUGAUUACAAAUAUGAUGCAGAUACCAUUGAUCUUACAUGGUACAUGAUUCCAGACAUGGAAGUGAUAGAGUUAAACAAGCGGACAUCAGGGCAGGCAUUUGAAGUGAUUCUAAAGCCACCAUCCUUUGAUGGAAUUCCAGAGUUUAAUGCUUCACUUCCCCGAAGACGAGACCCUUCCUUGGAGGAGAUUCAAAAGAAAUUGGAAGCGGCAGAAGAAAGGAGAAAGUACCAAGAGGCAGAACUGCUGAAACAUCUAGCAGAAAAGCGUGAGCAUGAAAGGGAAGUCAUUCAAAAAGCUAUUGAGGAGAACAAUAACUUCAUCAAAAUGGCUAAAGAAAGGCUGCAGCAGAGGAUGGUGGCCAACAAGGAAAACAGGGAAGCCCACCUUGCUGCUAUGCUUGAACGUCUGCAAGAAAAGGACAAACAUGCUGAGGAAGUCCGAAAAAAUAAAGAACUGAAGGAGGAGGCGUCACGAUAAAAAAUCCUAAUUUCUGGACUUACCAUUCACGUGGGGAGGAAAGGCCUUGGAUAGUAUUUUAUUCCAGAUGACUGGACGUUGUCUAUCAUUUGUUGUGGUGAUCUGGUUGGUCACUUUGUUUUUGCAAGUGUACAGCUUGAUGAGCAGAGAAGAAAUUAGAAAUCAAUGACAAAAGUGUGCACAAUAUUCAUUGUACAAUAUUUGUUGUAGCAUUGGCUUUUUGAACAGCUAACAUGCAUCCAUUGUCCAUUCAAAGUCCAAUUUAAAUACAAUUUAACUUCAAAAGGGUGCUCUGGGUAUAUGAAUCUGCACAUGUGAGUAUGGUGUCAGGGUAGGAUAUUUCUGUUUGUGCAUUUGGUACCUGACUCUCUAUGCAUAUGUGCUCAGAAUGUCAUAUGUCUGCGUGUGUGCGUGUGUGUGUGUGUGUGUGUGUGUGUGUGUGUGUGUGUGUGUGUGUGUGUGUGUGUGUGUGUGUGUGUGUGUGUGUGUGCAUGUGUGUGUGUGUGUAUGUGUUUACAUCAAUAUAACAAUGCGGUGAAUAGCAGUAGUCAGCUAGCUACGUACAGAUUUUUUAGCUGAAAACUGAGUUUAGAGUAGAGACAUGUUGUGUAUCUACAGUGAUAACCAUUGUGAAACUACAUUUACACAUAACACAUAUAUUGGCAGAGAGGUUUCUUACAAAAUCGAAAUUAAGAUGAAAAUCAUUACAGUAUAAGAUAAUGGUAUUCUUGUAGUGUUGAAUGAGUUGGUGGCUUGAAUAGAUGGGUUUACUACUUAUAUUGGCUGACCCCAAUGACUGCUUGGGACAUUUGUCAGGUUGCUUCAUUUCAGAUGAGCUUUUGUUGCUCUUUUGGUUGAGUGCUUAGGUAUUACGAGGUCCGUGAAUGAUCAUGAGCUCCUUCAGCUGAUCAGCAUUACAGCCAUGUUUUUGAGAACAUACAUAGUUCAGAUAUUGUACUGCAAAAUGUUUGAAAUUUGUAAAAAAAAUGUCAUUACAUCGCAACACGUCAUGGUUGAGAGGUAUAUAUAGAGUCUGUACAUUAUUAUUAUUAUUAAUGUUAAUAAAUGCAAAUGUGCAAAAUAGUAUUUAACAGCUAAUAUGAUUUUAAAUGAUUAUUACUUUGUUAUAUGUAUAAAUUCCUUUGCUUUGUUGCCUAACAGCUAAAAUCAACAUUGAAUGGACUUAAAUCUAAAAAGCCAUCACAUUGUGAGUUUUUGCACUGCAUUAUUUUAGACAAAUAUAAUGAAAAUUGCUGCCAUUUCAGCAGCCACAUUAGAAAACAGUUGAAGUGCUAAACAUAAACUUUACCUUAUAUGUUUAAACAUGCUGUAAUAUCAAACUGUAGCAUAAAACAAUAAACACCUAACACUUUGUGUGAUUCAUGAA